UGCCCCAGAAAUGGAAUCUUCCAGACUACGCUUUUGCAUUUUGCUUCUCUCCCUCGGCAAUGCCUUGUGCAAAUCCCUCCAAAAUGUGUUCUGACUGCAAUGUUUAAAUGAGGAUGAGAGGAGGGUGGUUGCAAUGAUGAAAUGAGAUGUGUUUGCAAGGAACUCAGCAAAAUGCCAGGCACAGAGCAGAGCCCCCCAAAAUAUUUGUACCCUCCACUCCAUCUAACCCUCAGGUGCUGGGUGGGGUGGAGGGACAGUAACUAUGUCAGACUCGGUCCGGGAGCUAGGAACUGCUAACCCGGAGGAAAAAGGGGGAACUCCGACGUGACCCCACUUCCAGGUGGGACGAGAUUGGGCCGAUCAGAAGGUGUCUACAUUCGGCCCUGUUGGCUGAACACCUGCCGCGUGUCCAGGCCUGGCACAGACAGGUGGGCGAGACAGAGGUUAUGGGAUCUCUCUCCUUGGUCAACUAGGGGAUUGAGACAAGUCUGUGAGACCGCCCCCCCAACAAUCUUGACACUUGUUACGUCUUGGGGCACAGUUGAUGUGCACUAGGGGCUGAGCACCCAGACAACAGCGAAGAGCAAAGCCGGAGACCCAGGGCAGGAGACCAGAGCCAGGACUUGGGAUAUGACUCCAGGCCCGUCACCCAGCUCCUCAGCCCCCGGGAGACACUCGCGAGGACAAGACCAGAGAGCGUUGCUCCCUGCAAGACCUCCACCUUGCGGCUGCUAAUUUUCCAGAGCAUUUUCAACUCUUUCGGGAGAAAACGAUUUUCGUUGUCUCAGCCCUCUGACUUCAUUGAUCAUUACUCUUUCUUUUUCUCGUCCCUUGGGCCAACGUCGGUCACACCCCACACGGCAGUCUUCGCCCUUCGGCGAGGUUUUGGUGUCUCUGGCCAGGGCGGUGAGAGGAGGUAGCAGGAGGCCGCGGUCCCUGCAGGUGCACCGUCCCGAGCGCCGGCAGCCAGGCCUGGGCGCUGAGGUCACAAUGUCCACCAAGGUGCCCAUCUACCUGAAGCGCGGCAGCCGCAAGGGCAAGAAGGAGAAGCUGCGGGACCUGCUGUCGUCGGACAUGAUCAGCCCGCCGCUGGGGGACUUCCGACACACCAUCCAUAUCGGCAGCGGUGGGGGCAGCGACAUGUUCGGUGACAUCUCCUUCCUGCAGGGCAAGUUUCACCUCCUGCCAGGGACGGUGGUCGAGGGACCUGAGGAGGAUGGCGCCUUCAACCUGCCCUUCCAGUUCACACGCACCGCCACUCUGUGCGGGCGGGAGCUCCCCGAAGGGCCGUCCCCUCUGCUCAAGAAUGCCAUCUCCCUCCCUGUCAUCGGUGGGCCCCAGGCCCUCACCCUGCCCACAGCCCAGGCCCCACCCAAACCCCCUCGCCUGCACCUGGAGACCCCACAGCCUUCCCCGAAGGAGGCAGGGAGUGUGGACAUCUGGAGAAUUCCAGAGGCUGGCUCUGCCCACAACGGGCUGACCCCCGAGUCAGGGGCUGAGGAGCCCUUCCUGUCCCAUGCCAGCUCCCUGCUCUCCCUGCACGUGGACCUGGGGCCUUCCAUCCUGGACGACGUCCUCCAGAUCAUGGACCAGGACCUGGGCCACAUGCAGAUCCCCACGUAGGAGCAAGGCUGGCCAGGCCGGGUGCUCAGGAUCAAGCGAUUGCUGGGAGGCAGAGGGGCGAUGCAGCCCUGGCCUAGAAGUCAGGAUUCCCGAGGUCCCACUGUGUGGUCGCUGGCCAGUGAUUUCUUUCUUCGAGCCUUUGUUUCCCUCCUUCCCAGCCCCUCCCUAGGGGCAGAGUGUGCCUCAUUGCUUUCCCCUAAAACGCACUAAGGACACCUGCAGAAGUCAGCCCAAAGUGCCCUGAGCAUCUUGGGCCACCUGGACCCCCACCACCAACUGCUCCUCCUUCCCUCACAUCCCUUGGAUGAAGGCUUUGCCAAGAUGGACUCCUGUUUCCACCUGCCUUCUGCCUCAUCCCCGUGGGAUGCCCUGAUUGGGGGCGGGGCGGGGGGGAGGCACAGCACAGCCAGGUAGACCUUUGGCUCUGUGUCCUGGACUGAGAACAUGGCAUUGAUGACCGAAUGUCCCUCGGCCCCAUCCCCCUCACAUGACCAGGAGGUUCUGGUCGCAAUAAAACUUGCUGCUGCUGGUGGUUGUGCUCCCCGCACCCUUGACCUAGGUUCCCUCCGGAAGACAGGCCGGUCUCUGCAAACUGGGCUGACCUGGGGGCGGGGGGACCCCUCUCCCAGAAGGUUUCGUGCCCUUUGAAAGCUUCUGUCUGGGAGUAGGAACCAACCAAAUGCCAACUGGAGAUACUGGUGUUUACAGGAGGUGGCUGAGCACUGGUGUAAGCCAGGCGCCGUGCCCAGCCUGCGGGGGUCUAUUGGGGGAGACCCAAGAAUGAAAGAAUAACCCCUAGUGCAAGGGACCAGCAGCUUCUCCAGCUUCAGAGGACUAAGGGAGCACGCAGGAGGGAGGGCCGGGCCUGGGGCCGGGAGGUGUCCGACUGUGCUCAUCAGCACUACUUAAUGAGCAUCUACAGGGCACUCAAGCGCAUUCCAGGUGCUGGGGAUAUCAGACAGACGCAAUCCCUGCUCUCCUGUAGCUUAGAUUCUAGUGGGAAAAGGAUAUUGGAUUUGUAAGCAAGUAAGAGGAUUUCCUACCAUGUUGAACAACUAUGAAGAAAAUAAGAUCGAGAAUGCCUGGGGCAGAGGUGCGGCUGGUGUCAGGGCCCAUUAAGAUGGUCAGAUGUGAUUCUGAGCCAAACCUGAAGGCUAAGAUAUGCUUGUGCGUAAGCAAAGACACUGAGGCACGGGAGUGAAUGACAGAGGAGCCGCCAAGUGGUGAAAAGAGCAUAGAUCUCUGGGUCUGACAUAGUCUGUGUGAGAUUCAGUUUCUCCAUCUCUAAAAUGGGUCGACUACCUACCUUGCAGGGUUGUGGGAAAAAAUAGGGACAAGGUUUAUGAACUGCCACAUGGAAGGUACUCAAAAGUGGCUAUGGACACAAAGGACUCGGGGCUCGGGAGAGGCAGGACUGUGAAAACAGGUUGGAGUCAGCUGGGAACAGCUUUGCUUACAAGGCUGAGCAGAGGCAAUGGGGAGCUGCAGAAGGAUUUUAAGCAGGAGAGACACGUGGUCAGAUCCAGGUUUUAGGAGGGUCACCACCCGGGCCAAGGGACGAUGGACUGAAGGUCAGAGAGGAAGAAGCCAUUGCAGGAUGAGGAGGCCUGGACGGGGCAGGGACAGUGGGGACAGAGGAGGGGAGAGUGCCAAGGUGGGGCUUGUGUCCGACUGGUACAGACCACGCGGGUGGCUGGGGACAGGUUCAAGCCUCGGUUGUUCCCUUCUUCCAUUCUCCGCUGGUUCUUCUCCAUCCUCCUGACCCUGCGGAUCCCAGACUCCCAGCCCGCCCCCAGCCUCUCCUGCCUCCGUUCCCCGUGUCAGAUUUCAGAGUGGGGGCUGAAUUUGACCCCGAGGCAUUUUGCUUGGCCACAGAGCUACGUGUGUGUGUGUUAAAAUAUAUACCAUAUGAGACUGACCAUUUUAA